AGAAAAAAAUGUGAUGUAGAAGUAAAUAUUUUAAUUAAGGAUGAAUAUCUUUAAGUUGAAGUAGAAUGUGUAUCAUUUAGUUUAAAUGUAGUAAAAUUAAAAAAUAUAUAUAUAAAAAAAUUAAUAUAUAUAACGAUGUGGUGGGUGCGGUUUGAACUGCAUUUAUAAACUUCAAAACCGUAAAUCGCACCACACUGCGCUUUUUGGCAAAAAUACAAAUCGUAAUCGCGCCGCGAAGGGUUCCAAACCACAAAUUAUAGUGCGGUGUGGGACCCCUACAUACUAUAAGAGAUUUUAGCGUGUAAGUAACAAACCCUUCUUAUCAUUUAUUUUAUUUUUCUCUCUUCUUCUUUUGUAUCUACAUAUACACAUUAUAAACCAAUCUAGUUCAUGAAUUUAACAAUUGAUCUAUUUCUCAGAUGAAGCGUUGCAUUAACUAUUGCCUAGUGGGUUGUCAAUUUUGGAACUGUGAUUGUCAAGACAGUGUUGGAAUUAUUAUAAUGGACUAAUAUAAUCAUAGGUUUAAUACCAUAAUAUACAAUCAUUAAUUAUGUGCCUAAUAUUUUCUUAUAACCAUAAUGGGAUGGUUAAUAAAUAAUUAUGUGUUAGAGGCACAUGAGAGCACCCUUAAUACUAUAGUUGGCCCAUUAAAUUAUAGUAUACCAUAAUAAAACCCACUUAAGCCCUAUUAGUGAAUAACCCCUUAGGGUUACAAGGGUAUGACAUAUAAAUAUAUGUCUUUGGUGAUUAAGGGGUUUUAAGGUGAUUGGUAAUAAGAAAAAGGGGGAUAGCUCCACAUUGUGCCUCUAGGAUUAUUGCUCUAAUCUUGUGGUUUUGUAGUGAUUCUUGUUGGUGGUUCUUGGAAUCAAAUGGCUCACAUGGAUGGAUUGGGAGCUUUAAGCAAUCCAAGAACCUCUGCUAUGUUGACGCUGAAUGGAACCAACCACAAACAGUGGGUAGAAUCUCUCAUGAUGAAUUUGACUCUUAUGAGAGUGGACUUGGCCUUGAGAACGGAUGCACCUCCUAAACCUACUGUUGAUGCCACUGAAAAGGACAGAAAGUCCUAUGAGGAUUGGGAGCAUUCCAAUCGUUGUUGUUUGAUGCUUAUGAGGUAUCACAUGGAUGAGUCCAUUCGUGAUAGUAUUCCUCAAACUGAAAUUGCAAAGGAUUUUCUCGCUGCGAUCAAGGAGAAGUACAAGAAGUUCUCAAAGAAUGAGAAAAAUGAAUGCUUAACUUUGUUCCAUCGGACUAAUUAUGCCGAUACAGGUGACAUUAGAGCUCAUAUUGACAAACUGAUGGGUUGUUACCAAAAGCUUAAGGGUAUGGGAUUGGAUCUUGGUGAGGAUUACAUGGUGUGGUUUGUGAUGGAAACCAUUCCCUCUCAGUUUGAUUCGAUCAGAUCAAGCUACAAUGCUCAAAAGGAGCAAUGGACCAUUGAGGAGAUGACUGCUAGUCUUGCCAAGGAAGAAGAGGACAUGAAAAAGGGAAGAGCAAGAAGUAUCGCCAUGGUAACAAACCCAAGCAAUUCUCAAAAGAGAAAGUCCACUUCCAACAACUCUAGUGACCAAAGGCCUUCUAAGAAGAAAGGCAACCACCCUAAAGGAAAUGGACAAGUGAGUUCAUCUUCAACUGGUCACAAGAAUGAGUAUUUCAAAGGGAAGUGCAACUUUUGUCAAUGUUUCGGGCAUAAGAAAGCCGAUUGUCGAAAGCUCAAAGCCCACUUAGAGAGGAAAGGUAAAUGUCUUGUGCUGGUUUGUUUAGAAUCCAAUAUUAUUGAUGUGCCCUCAAAUACGUGGUGGUUAGAUACUGGAGCUACAAUUCAUGUUACGAAUUCCUUGCAGGCAGUGACAAAUCGAAGAAGGCCGAAUAGUUUGGAGGAGUAUGUAUACAUGGGAGACGAUACUGAAGUCAGAAUAGAAUUUUUUGGGACUGUUAGACUACAGUUGAAUACAAGACAUUUUUUGGAAUUGCAUGAUGUUGCUUAUUUGCCCUCUAUUAGGAGGAAUUUGAUUUCUGUAUCUAUUUUGGAUAGACUAGGUCAUAGUCUUCUUUUUGGAAUUGGAAAACUGACUUUGUAUCGUGACUCUAUGUUGGUUGGAAAUGGAAGUUUAUGUGGAAAUUUAUAUAAGCUUGAUUUACAUGAUGUUGUUCCUGUUACUUCUCCCUCUUGUUCUUCUUCUUCUUCUCGUAAUGCUAUUGUUGGUUCUAAACGUGCGAGAUGA